CUGCUCCUUUAUCUUGAUUUGGAAUUUGAACUAUAUAAAUAGAUUUCCGUCAUUUUAUCUGCUAGACUUUGCUUAAUAGAGCAUCAAUUGCUCUCGAUUUGGCGUUUGCACGAAUGAAGAAUCGAAAGGAUCGAUAUUUGUUAAAAAAAAAAAGGUUAUUUGAUUAUUCUAAAGGGCAUGAAAAAUAAAAAAUAUAAAUGUGUAAUUGUAAAUUUGAUUGUUUCUUACUGCUGAAUUGAAACUUAUCAGGCUUUCAGGAGCUGGUUUUAGUUCGAAAAAAGUGCAGAGAAAAUAAUGUCAACGUGGCGAAACAUUAAAGCCGUUUUGGGAGAAAAAGGAGAAGAAACUCGCCACAAAAGCAUGGAAAUAAACUACCUCUUUAGGGGCAAAAUAGUAAAUCCAGUAUUUGGUCACACGUUUUCUUACGCUAUUCUCCAAUCUGAGUUAGUUUAGAUUCAUUCCCUGACUGAGAAGCACUAGAAAGCAAACUGACCACACGUUUUUUUUUUUUUUUUUUAAAUGAACGAAGAAAAGGGCAAGAAGAAACAAAACGACAUUUCAAUUUCCGCGAAAUUCCAAUCGAUUCAUAUAGCUUUCUUCUCCUCUAAGAUCCCAAUUUUCCGUUAACAAUCAUCGCGCAAAUCAAAAGCACAUCUCACUUACCACGGCCUCCUUCUAAUUUUUUUUUUUUUAAAGAAACCCUUUAAUCCUUUCCAUUACCGUAUCAUCCAAUUAUCAGACACGCUUAAAAAAAAUGCUUCACAGAAGCUUCAAGCCAGCCAAAUGUAAGACAGCUUUAAAGCUAGCGAUACCGCGAAUAAAGCUUAUGAAGAACAAGAGGGAAGCACAGGUUAAGCAGUUAAAGAGGGAAUUGGCUCAAUUACUGGAGUCAGGGCAAGAUCAGACGGCCAGAAUUCGGGUGGAACAUGUGGUUAGGGAAGAAAAGACGGUGGCAGCGUAUAAUCUUCUCGGGAUAUACUGUGAACUUAUCGUGGCACGUAUGCCGAUCAUUGAGUCUCAAAAAAACUGCCCCAUUGACUUGAAGGAAGCAAUUUCAAGUGUCAUAUUUGCAUCUGCAAGGUGCGAAGAGGUACCAGAACUCAAAGAUGUCUCCAAACAUUUUACAGCAAAAUAUGGAAAAGAAUUUACUUCUGCUGCUCUUGAACUGCGACCUAAUUGUGGUGUUGGUCGUAUGUUGGUCGAGAAAUUAUCUGCGAAUGCACCUGAUGGUCCAACCAAACUAAAAAUUUUGACUGCAAUUGCUGAAGAACACAACAUCAAGUGGGAUCCUGAAUCAUUUGGAGCAAAAGAAUCAAAGAUUUAUGAGGACUUGCUGGUAAAACGUGCAAAAAUUGAAUAUUUGCUCGACAACUUAUGUUCUUUCCAUAUGAAUUUGCUUGUGCAGAAAUGGACCAAAAGCAGAGGCCACCAAAAUUUUGGCCAGAUCCUCCUAAUGCCCAUGCUUCACCCAGUCAUUAUGAGCAGAGACCUAGUGUUCAAAAUUUUAAUUAUUCAAAUAGUAGUGGCCGAUAAUUCGAUGUCCUCUGGAACUUGUCCUCCAAAUUCAAAACCUCACGGAACUGAAAAUCACAGGAUGCAAUACAGGAAUUCAUAUCCUGGGAAUGAGAGUGCUUUAUCUUCAUCAAGGCAACAUUGGAAUAUGGAAUUCAAGGAUGCUACUGCUGCUGCCCAGGCAGCAGCAGAAUCUGCAGAGCAAGCGAGUAUGGCUGCCCGAGCUGCUGCUGAACUUUCAAGCCGUGGAAAUAUCUCCCAGCACCAGCAGUAUUCAACAGAAUCACACAUGUCAUCUGCUCAUAGUAUGAGAGAAGAGGAACCGCGAAAGUAUACUGGCUCAGCAUCUCACAAUGAACAUCUUGCUAAACAUCCAGUUAAUAUUUCCCGUUAUGAAAAUUCCUAUAAGUCGACUGCAGCUUCCUUCAAUGAAAAACCAUCACUAAAUGAUCAAAUUGCUGAUGCAUAUUCCCAAAGAAACUCGUCUGAAGGCAGGCAGAUGAAGCGUUUUGCUGAAAUGAGUAUGAAGAAACUCAGAAUGUUGAUCAUCAUGAAGUCAGGGUUGGGGGACAAUCAAGCUAUUCUUCUUCUCAUUCUCAAUCAAACACGUAUACUGAUGAAUCAUAACUCAGGUGAAAGCAGGAUGCCGUUUGUGAAUGAACUGCAUGAAACAAAGAAUUCUGAUUCUGCUGAUUAUCAGGAAGAAGGGAUCAGGAAGCAAUCAAGCUAUUCUUCGUCUCAUUCUCUUUCGAGUACUUUUUCUGAUGAUCAUGAUGUUGUAUCAAAUUUAAAUCAGCAGGAGUUAGGAAAUAAUUCUGGCGAGGAUUCCUUUCUUCUCAAUGAUAAGGGAAGCCUUCAAAGAAGCGCAAAAGAAACAAUAGAUUCUCAUGACAAUGCCUCCGCAGUUUUUGACGAUUAUGGAUCAGAUAUUGAUGAAUGUAAGUUUGAUUUGGAGGAAGAGCAUAAGGUACAUGAAUACAGUAUGAACUUUUCGUCUCCAGUUCAAAGAUCACCUACUCAUCCAUUUACAAGUACAAAUCCUUGGAGCGUUGAGCAGAAUGUUGGGUCACCUGAAAAGUCCAUUUCACAAUCACAUAUUUUCUCAGAGCAGCAGUCUACUCCUGUUUUCUUUGAAGGUUCAACUGGCUCUGCAGUUCCUUCACAUGGAGAUGACCUGCCUGCCACUUUCGAUGAUUAUGGCCCUGGAUCAGAAAGUGAAGAAGAGGUAGACAAAUCUAAGUUUGUUAGGACUGAUCCUAGUGUAGGUAGUCAUAAAAAGAAUAUUGAUUCUCACCAAGCUGAAAACAGUAUUUUCCCUCCGAAGUUGGCUAAGACAUUGAAGAUACUGAACUUCUUAUGA